AUGUUGUCCUCCCGACGCUCUUCUUCUUCCUGUUUACUCAUGACGCAGAGUUACCGCCCCCUAGUGCAGCGGAGAGGAACUGCUCCUGCUGAUCAAUGCUAUGCUGGACUUGAAUAUGUGGCCUGUGAUGUCUGCACUGGGAGAAAACUGAAAUCUAUCAAGUCCUGUUUGAAUUGUUUUGCCUCUUAUUGUGAGAAACACCUCCAGCCUCAUCUUCAGUCAGCUGCAUUGAAGAAGCACAAGCUGGUGAAGCCCCAGAUAAACAUCUGCUCUCGCCACGACGAGGUGAAGAAGAUGUUCUGCCGCACAGAUCAGCAGUGUAUCUGUUAUCUCUGCUCUGUGGAGGAACAUAAAGACCACGACACAGUUUCAGCUGCAGCAGAAAGGACUGAGAUCCAGCAGAGAGUCCAGGACACAGAGAAAGACGUGAAGCUGCUUCAACAGGAGGAGGAGGCCGUCAAUGGCUCUGCUGAUAAAGCAGUAAAGGACAGUGAGGAGAUCUUCACUGAGAUGAUCCAUCUGCUGGAGAAAAGAAGCUCUGAUGUGGAGCAGCACAUCAGAUCCCAGCUGAAGAACUUUGAGGACGUGACAGCAGCAGUGUCACAGGUCAGAGGUCGACUACAGGACAUUCUGAGUGAGACAGAGGGAGGGACAGAGAUUUUACAGAUUGUGUCUCAAGUGGAUGUUUUAUUGCGACAACCAGAGACCAGAGGUGACUUCUUAAAAUAUUCACAGGAAAUCACACUGGAUCCAAACACAGCACACAGACAGCUGUUAUUAUCUGAGGGAAACAGAAAAGUAACAUAUAUGAGAGAAGAUCAGUCUCAUUCUGAUCACCCAGACAGAUUCACUGUUUGGGAGCAGGUCCUGAGUAGAGAGAGUCUGACUGGACGUUGUUACUGGGAGGUGGAGGUGGGGGGGGGAGGAGAAAUUGCUGUAGCAGUCACAUACAAGAAUAUCAGCAGAGCAGGAUACUCAUAUAAUUGUAGAUUUGGAUUCAAUGACAAAUCUUGGAUGUUAUAUUGUGAUGGAAACAGUUAUAUCAUUUGUUACAACAGCAUCAAGACUCCAGUGUCAGGUCCUGUGUCCUCCAGAGUAGGAGUGUACCUGGAUCACAGUGCAGGUGUUCUGUCCUUCUACAGCGUCUCUCACACCAUGACUCUCCUCCACAGAGUCCAGACCACAUCCACUCAGCCUCUCUAUGCUGGGGUUUAUGUCCUGAGGAAACAGCACGCAGCUGCGGGAUCGGGACUCACGCACGUUCACGGUAAACACGCGUCACUGCUGUUUUUAACGAUUUCUAACGUGAACGGAACCGGUGCGUCGCGAUGA